UUUCAACCGUGCCCGACGAUAGAGCGUCGGCGCCGCGACGGCGGGAGCACGCAGACGCAUCUGGACCGGCGUCGGUGACGUAGAAACGAGAAACUAGAGGCGAAAGCGAGAUCCGGAGGCAGACUCGUUCGUUUUGCCAGGUAACGUUCAGGCUACCCGCGGUGGUGACGACACACUCGAUCGCGGUCCUCCUGUCUGGAUCAACACGCAAGAAAUUGCUUGUAAUCACACGAGACAGGCAAUUACUGUGUCCACGCGUUACGCGAAUAAAUACUGGAGGCAUUUCAUCGAUCCUCCAGCGUAACAGGCGGGUCCGUUCUCCCACGUUCGCGACGCCGACUCGGGUCGCGCAAAUUUGGAGCGUCCAAACGAUCGAACAGAGAUGAUGUACCAUAAAGGGAUCGCGAACCACCUGUGAACCGAAUCGGAAACGCCAAGACAAGGAUGGUCUUUGAUGAUUACGGAACGUGCAUCCGCUUUUGUGAUUUCAACACUACAGUGUAAUGUUUGUAAGAUAAACAACAGAUUGUAAUUGUGUAAUUGUGUAACAGUUACAUUGGCGAACAUCAAAAGCAAGUGAUAGACAUUGUAAUCGAGAAGAGUGAGCUAACUCGUUCGUGAUAGAUUGAUGACUAAUUGGAAAAUCAAGGAUAACAGGCAUGAAAUACUUAAAAAUCGCGUUGUUCACGUUCAAUCUAUUAAUAUGGUUGGCUGGUUGUACGGUCCUCGUUAUAGGCGCGUGGUUACUUCUGGAGCCCAGCAAAGGACACAUCCUGAAUCUUUUCGUAUCUGAUAUUAAGCCGCACGAGACUAUCAAUCUGAUAGCUUACAGCCUCCUCGGGCUUGGCUUCAUCGUACUCACGGUUGGCUUCUUCGGUUGCCGCGCCGCGCUACGCGGAAAUCAAUGCAUCCUCGCCACCUACAUGAGCAUGUUGAUCGCGCUUAUCAUUACGGAAUUGGUGACGGCUGCGAUCGGCGGAUUGAUGACUUUCCAGAUCCUAUCGGAUCUGGAGGAAAGACUCUCCAAUAAACUAAAGGUGGAUUAUGGUCACGAUCCGAGCAGCGAUCUUCCCUUCAGCCACAGUUUGGACUUUGCGCAGUAUAAGUUUAAUUGCUGCGGUAUAUACGGCGAUGACGAUUACAAUGGCACUGCUUGGUGGAGGGACGCUCAAAUCUCGGGAAACAAGAGGCAGGUUCCCCUCACGUGUUGUGUUCUCAAAAAUAGCGAGAAUAAAAAUACAGGCAGCAGCCCAAUGAGCGUUGUAUCGAGGGUGUUUCACAAAAAUCUGAACGAGAAGCCAUGGCUGCAUCCGCAGCCUAAGGAUGAGGCCGCAUGUCAAGUAGAAGACGAAGAGGGUCACGAGGGAUAUAGGCAUAAAGAGGGCUGCCUUGGAAAAGUCACGAACUGGCUGCAGUGCGAGAGCUUCACAUUAGUAUUCCUCGGUAUGGCAAUGGCAGGAAUACAGACGUUCGGGAUAAUAACGUCCGCUUUCCUCUGCCGAACGAUAAGAGAUAUGCAGGAAGAAUGAUCCAGGAUUCGUAGUCUCAAUGAAGUAAAGAGAAUGUCGUGGCACGUCCAAUCUUUACAUUGACAACUUUGGGAGAAGAAACAUAUUUAUUUUAUAUCUUCGGUAUUGCUACUUGGAAGAUUGCCGAAAUUCGUUUCGGUUAUGUGAAUUGGGACAUUAAUCGGGAUUUGCAGCUAGGAAAUAUUGCGGGGAAGAAAGUAAUCUAAAUAUUUGUUCUAUUCCACAAGGUGUCUGUUCAUUGAGAACUUCGAAUCGAAAUAACAAUAAGUGCUACGCUUAAAUUUAGAUCGAUUUCCACUCCUGUGCGCGUUUUGCUGCCAUUCAGCAAUAAUGUGACCAAAAUACACCCUGCUGUACAUACAACUGUAUGCAUCUGUGUCGUGUUCAAUCUAACUAAUACUAAUAAAUAGCGAUGUUAUCGCUGGUGUUAGUACCUCACGACGACCAUCGGGGGAGUUUGGCUAGCAACGUGAAUUGUUAUCCAUGGCGUUCUUAUCGUCUUGUAAAUAUACUUGCCAAGAAGAAUGGAUAUAUGCGCUGCGUGCGUGAGAACUUUCGAGUUGUUUUCUUUUUUUGUGGAAAAUUUACCUAAUUUGAGAUGCAAAAUGAUUUUUCGCACAAAGUUGAUGCACAGAGUAUAUGAAUUUUUGAAGAAAUAUCAUAAUUUUUAACAAAUAAGAUAUUUAUGUGAGUAUAUUUAGGGGAGACUGAGGCUGAUUGAUGUAUUCUAUUAACAGACUGUUAAAUGAUGUUAGUAGUUCAAUAAAAAACGCGCGUUACAAUCAUAUGACGCUAAUCCGCUGUGACUGAAUUUGAUGAGUUUUCAAAGUACGUUUAACUAGCCUAGAUUCUUAACUAUAAAUCGAAUUAAAGA